UGUCUUAUCUAAUUUCACAAUUGCACUCGUGCUUGUGGCUUCCCAUGAAGGGCAGACAUACUUAUCCUGGUAGUUACCUGCUGUAUUUCAACUGAACAUGUCAGACAUGCUGUUCUUGACCGUUCUGCUUGGAAUCAUUGCAGUGACCGCCGGCUUAGACUGUACUGGCCAACCAAAUGGCAUAUAUGAGUACACCUGCUUCUCAUACGUGACUUGUUACCAAGGCGUGGCAACUGAGAUCCUGUGUAACAGUACAGAUGUGUUCGAUCCUGACCAAGCGAGAUGCGUGACCCCUGUUGACGGGUUCUGGCCAUGCGCUGAUGUUGUCAACUGCAUGAACCAAGCCGAUAACAGAUACCCUGACUACAACAACGGCUGCCAUACCUACUACACCUGUCACAAAGGAUUCUUCCUGGGACACAACUUCUGUCCUCCGUCUCUUGUGUUCGACUUUAAUCAUCAGCUCUGCAACUGGCACUUCAACGUCGUACCGCCCUGUGGGACGUGUACUGAUCCCGAAUGUUUGGUGUAGUAAAUGAUGACACAGGA